ACAUUAUGCGCAAACAUAGACUCUCAAGUUUCUAGCCUCAAAAGAGGCCAAGUGCCAAGAUGAACUAUAGCAAAAUCAGCGGCUUGGAAAUUACAAGACAACUGGUAAAGGAGGCUGCACAAUGUCCGCUUCGAUACAAUUAGUCACGCGGCUUCUCCUUUUGGAAUAAUGCAGAUAAGGAACUGCAUGUGAUUAUUGUUUGGAAGGAGUUUUUCAAGAAAUCGAGGAAAACUGGGAGCACUCCGAAGUUCCCUCAGGAAUUCUGCGCAUCAGCAUACAAAGACGCAUUGUUGAGACGCGCAACAGCCGACUGGAGUUAUCGUCCCUCAUUAUCUGCAUUAAUAAGGAAAACAAAGCUGAACUUGCUGUGUUUCAUGUAGGUCCAGCUGGAAAUGUGUGGAGGUUCCAAGAGUAUUACAGGAAAUGACAUUUCCUACAUUUGCAGGAGAGAAAAGUGAUUGAAGAGGGAGGGUGUUUUUUAACUGGGAACAGAAAAGCACUGUUUCAGAUUACAAAUAAAAAAAAAAGGAUCCUUUAGCUAAAGCGCUUUGAUUGAGUUUAUGGAUACUGAAUGCACAAAACAUGGAAAUCUCUUUACUGGUGAUGGUGUUCUUGUCCAAAACAUUAACGGAAGUCUGCCAAGCUUUAAAUGUAACCGUUUCCCCAGGACCAGAAGCCAUGUUCAUGGAAGGUGAAAAUGCUACUCUAUCCUGUCAAGUGUCUCGACAAAAAAAAACCAACAGCCAUUUGGUGUUACGCUGGGUAUUUUCUUGUAUGUCCAAUGAAGAACACCUCAUCGUGAAGAUGAACAUGAAAGGUGGGCAAAUGUAUGGCAACUACACCAAACGUUUUGUUCAGAAGCGGUUUCAGCUGUUUGAAGAGAAACCAGAAAAAGCUUUUAAUUUAAUCAUUUUAAACAUUUCAAAAGAAGACAAAGGACAAUAUACCUGUAAAGUUCAGGAAAUCAGAAAACAUCGAAAUAAAUGGAAAGCAUCUUCAAAUGGCACCGCCACAAUGAAAUUAAAAGUACACAUUUCCUCAAUUCUGAAGAGCAACAGAGGAAUCUGGAGUUUGUUUGAAGAUCUUUACCUCUGUGCUGUAUUGAUAUGCUCCCUGGGGAUUAUCUGCAUGUUCCUUUUCACAGUCAUCAUUAUCUGCCAGUGUCUGUUUAAAAAGCAGAGAUUAAAAGCAAGCUAUUAUUUGGUGAAAUGUCCACAAAACAGUUCAGGAGAAACGGUGACCAGUGUUAUCAGCACAUCUUCUAAUCGGACCCAAAAAGAAAAGAGGCACAAACAGAAAAAGGUCAAAGACAAUGCUGACACCCCACCGGAAGUUCCAGCAAAAGUUCCAAUUGCUGACAUACCCAGAAGACCAAAACUUUUAAAAUCACAAUCAAGAAAAGUGGUUCUGCCGAGAAUUGCUGAAGAAAGCCUGACAUAUGCGGAACUGGAGCUCGUGAAGCCACAACCAGAGACCAAAGCAGCUUGUACAGGCACAGUGUACGCACAGAUCCUGUUUGAGGAGAAGCAGCUUUGAACAAUGAUAUACGGAUUUUCUAUUUAAACUAUGUUUUCUUUAUUUAUAAAAUAUACUUUAGUAUUUUUUUACAUUGAUUAUAGAUUUGACAGCUUUUUCUUUAAAUUUUUUUUCUCCAGUUGGAAAGCAAAUUUCCAAAGUUCGCUCACUCCAUUGUUUUUGAUUAUUAGUACGUUAUUUUAUAAUAUAAACAGGACCAGAGACACCAACUCUGUCUGCUAAAACAUUAUUCAUUUUUGAGGAUUUUCAAAUCAUCGUUCAUUCAUUAUUGAACCCUGCUCAUGGAUAGUGGGACCAGGACACUCUCCAGACAGAUCAGACACAGGACAUGGAGUAGUCAUGAACAAAGUGCCAAUUCAGCGCAGGAUCCACUCACGCCACAUGGACAUCUUUGAGUCACAAAUUGAUCUGCAUGUCUUUGGAACAUUGGAGGACAAAAAGUGCAUGGAGAAAAAGCCAUGGAAUGAACAGAGCAAAUCCACAAAGGAUUUCAAAACUGCAGAUUUUUAUUCCAAAUUGAACUGCAUGGACUGAGUGAAGUUUGGGAAUUUGCUCUUCAAUGAGGCAGAUAACCAGUCGAAGACUCGUAAAUGAAGUUCAUCAGUUUAAAAACUUUGUGUAGUGCUUCGGUUUUGUUUGAGGUUCUGACCGAUGACACUAACACAAUUCAGGGCCGCCGUAAUUUCAUUGGUGUGUUUUGCUUUGUGACAACAAACCAUUUUUAUGUUAUUAAAACAAAGUUUAAUGGUUUAACAAACACUACACAUACAUUAGGUAUGUCUAUAAUGAAUGACAAACACUUUGGUGUACAGCUUUUUGCCGGGCAAAGGAAAUUUAAUAGAUUUCUAAGUAUUAUGACAAGAUGAAGAUGUAAAUAAAAGAGCAAACUUUUAGGCAUGAACCAUUAGGAUGUGUAGAUAGCUUAAUGAACUAAGCCGAACUUUCAGUUAAACCUCAUAAUGUUAAUUGCAUGCUUUAGUAAUAUCAGUGUAAAAUACUCAUUGUACUUCACUGAGGUCUCAGAUAACAAGGUAUUCUUGAUUGGAAAGACAAUCAUAUUAAGAGGGAAGUUAAAAUGAAAUUUUAAAUAAAGAAAAGCUGCAUAACAAGAUCAGA